GGCUAUGGCUGCGACUUCCCGCAUGUCCACGUUGGCUGCCCGGCUGCUGCAGCCCGCGCACAGCUGCUCCCUCCGCCCUCGCCCCUUCCACCUCGCGGCAGUUCGAGAUGAAGCUGUUGUAAUUUCUGGAAGGAAACUGGCCCAGCAGAUCAAGCAGGAAGUACAGCAGGAGGUAGAAGAGUGGGUGGCCUCAGGCGACAAACGGCCACACCUGAGCGUGAUCCUAGUUGGCGAGAAUUCUGCAAGUCACUCCUACGUCCUCAACAAAACCAGGGCAGCUGCAGAUGUGGGAAUCAACAAUGAGACAAUUGUGAAACCAGCUUCAAUUUCAGAGGAAGAAUUGUUGAAUUUAAUCAGUAAACUGAAUAAUGAUGAUAAUGUAGAUGGCCUCCUUGUUCAGCUGCCUCUUCCAGAGCAUAUUGAUGAGAGAAGGAUCUGCAAUGCUGUUUCUCCAGACAAGGAUGCUGAUGGCUUUCAUGUAAUUAAUGUAGGGCGAAUGUGUUUGGACCAGUAUUCCACCUUACCAGCUACCCCAUGGGGUGUGUGGGAAAUAAUUAAGCGAACUGACAUUCCAACCCUAGGGAAGAAUGUGGUUGUGGCUGGAAGGUCAAAAAAUGUUGAAAUGCCCAUUGCAAUGUUACUGCACACAGAUGGAGCGCAUGAACGACCCGGUGAUGCCACUGUUACAAUAUCUCAUCUGUAUACUCCCAAAGAGCAGUUGAAGAAACACACAAUUCUUGCAGAUAUUGUAAUAUCUGCUGCAGGUAUUCCAAAUCUGAUCACAGCAGAUAUGAUCAAGGAAGAAGCAGCAGUCAUUGAUGUGGGAAUAAAUGGAGUUCAUGAUCCUGUAACUGCCAAACCCAAGUUGGUUGGAGAUAUGGAUUUUGAAGGAGUCAGACAAAAAGCCGGUUAUAUCACUCCAGUUCCUGGAGGUGUUGGCCCCAUGACGGUGGCAAUGCUAAUGAAGAAUACCAUUAUGGCCGGAAAAAUGGGGCUGAGGCUUAAAGAGCGAGAAGUGCUGGAGUCUAAAGAGCUUGGGGUAGCCACUAAUAAACUAUUGUGUCUUCUAUGUCAUGAACAACACUCCAGGCCAGCUCAAGAAGCAAAGCAGGCCAAUAGAAAUGCAAUAUUUUUAAUUUAUUCUACUGAAAUGGUUUAAAAUGAUGCCUUGUAUUUAUUGAAAGCUUAAAUGGGUGGGUGUUUGUGCACAUACCUCUGCAGUACCUCACCAGGGAGCAUUCCAGUAUCAUGCAGGGUCCUGUGAUCUAGCCAGGAGCAGCCAUUAACCUAGUGAUUAACAUGGGAGACAUUACUGUAUGGAGAAUGGACAUUUCACUUUGUCAAGCACCUCGGUUACACAUUUGCCUUUUCUAGGAUUGCAUUUCCCAAGCGCUAUUCCGUUGACGAUUGAUACUCAUUUUAGGUACCAAACCUUUUGAGUUCAACUGAUCAAACGAAAGGAAAAGUGUUGCCAGAGAAAAUUACGGAAAAGGUGAAAAAGAAAAAAUGGUAGUAAUUGAGCAGAAAAAAAAUU